AUGGGCUGCCUGCAGAGCGUCGCGUGCAAGGCGCGCGUGCGGCGCGACAACAUCGUCCUGAGCGACGUGUCCGCCACCAUCGAGCCGGGCGCCACCGCCAUCGAGGAGAGCUCGCCUGUCGUGCUGCGCUACCGCACGCCCUACUUCCGCGCCGCCGCCCGGGGCAUCAUGCCUCCCAUCCCGCGCCGCCACACCUGGGUGGUGGGCUGGGUGCAGGCCUGCAACCACAUGGAGUUCUACAACACCUACAGCGACCUGGGCAUGUCCAGCUGGGAACUUCCUGACUUGCGAGAAGGGAGAGUAAAAGCCAUCAGUGACUCUGAUGGUGUGAGCUACCCCUGGUAUGGGAACACCACGGAAACGGUGACCUUGGUUGGGCCCACUAACAAGGUCUCCCGGUUCUCAGUCAGUAUGAAUGACAAUUUUUACCCCAGCGUGACAUGGGCUGUCCCUGUGAGUGACAGCAAUGUACCACUGCUGACCAGGAUUAAGAGGGAUCAGAGCUUUACCACGUGGCUAGUAGCCAUGAAUAUGACCACCAAGGAGAAGAUCAUCCUGCAGACUAUAAAGUGGAGGAUGCGUGUGGACAUUGAAGUGGAUCCCCUGCAGCUCCUGGGGCAGCGAGCACGACUAGUGGGAAGGACUCAUCAAGAGCAGCCCCGGAUUCUGAGCCGAAUGGAACCCAUCCCGCCAAACGCACUAGUGAAACCCAAUGCCAAUGAUGCCCAAGUCCUCAUGUGGAGACCUAAACGAGGCCAGCCUUUGAUAGUGAUACCUCCCAAGUAGAUGGUGUGUGGGCGUGCAUGCAUGAGGACGUCAUUGCUGUUGGUAUGGUGCAAAUGAACUGGAUUUCUGAGCCAAAGCAGACCUCUGGUGAAUGGAAACAGAGUUCCUCCUUAUUCAGAAAGAAUAUGGUACUUGAUAGUGGCCAAAGCUAUGUCACAAAAGAGGAAUUGCACAGCUGGUGGACUUCCGAUGACAUACCUGGGGGAUUCUGUACUUCCAGGGUAUUUUGGCUGGAAGAAGCUUUCUUAUCUGAAUAACUCAUAUUCCCUUGCCAUAACAUGCAAGGAAUGAGAAUAUGAUUAAACAGUGCCUGUGGCAAAUGCUGCUUCCCAACCAAUUAGAUGUAGAAAUGGAGACCAUGCACACCAGAUGUUCAUGGUCUCCCAGUUCGAUCCUACUGUCUGACCGAUGGGGCGGGGUGUUACCACGUUUUUAUACCUAUGCAGUUUUGAUUGAUAAUCAAAUGAUCACCUUGCUCAUUGGAACUAAAAGAAUGUUUACAAAGGGGGGAGGGGGGAAUAACAACCCAUACCAUCUGUUCCACUUAGCUACAGACAAGCUCUGAGUCCACAAGGAACUGUCCAAGGUGCUGAACUGAAGAACAAUGUGAACUACCUUCCUCUUCCCAAGAAUAAUUUCUUCAAACAGAUUGAAUUAAGAAAUUUUGCAUGCAUCUCAGUGUGUUUCAAGUAGUUGUGAAUGUAGGAGCUGCCAUAGGUCUUUCCAUCCUUUGAGUGAAAUCCAAGGGAAAUCUAGAUGUAAUUUAGUUCUAAGAUACACUAAUCUUUCCUGGCCCUCCAUUUC